AUGGACAUUCCCCUGCAGUUUAGGGCCGCUCAAACAUUCAGAAGUGUUGGAGAGGCAAUUGGCAAAGUCCACGGAGAGGUCGACCUACGAGAAGGACGAGUUCGUGUGGAGCUAGAUGGAUUUAAGCCGUUGGUUUUCUCAAUGGCAAUCGAGUUUGAGGAAGGUGUGGAGAUUAUGGUGUCUCUCAGAUACGAAAAGCUGUUUGGGUUUUGCAAGGAGUGCUUUAGCCUGACACACGACCACACUCGAUGCCCUAUGUUGCAGAAAGAGUUGGGGCUUGUGGAAGAAGGGGCAGGAAGUAAGCCGGUGGCAGGGCAUCAAGCAUCAAGCUACAAAGGUGCUGUCACACAUGGUGAUGGUUCGGCUGGUACAAGCCACGAUGGUCAGCAGUAUAGAGGCCCUAUGAAAAGUGGAAAUAAGGGUAAGGGGAUUAUGAGGGAGAGGCCGGGACCCUAUAAGCAACCUGGUACCUACAAAGAAAGGCUCCCUAGAGGCAAUGGAGAUGGGUCUUCGUUCAGGGGCAGAACCUAUGGUUACCAUGAGAGGAGGAAUAUGCCUCACAAUGGUGGGCUUCAGCAUCCACAAAAUGGAGAAGAUGGUCACCAGAAACUGAUGAUGGAUGCCUUUAAAGGUGGGAAUCGAUCUUCAAAUCAGGUUGGCUCUAAAUCUACAGGGGUGAGGAAACAAGGUGAAACUCCUAAAGCCUGCAAGGCACUUCUUUUUAAUGAGGAGUCAGCGCCUGAGGUAAACAAGGAGGAGGCAGCAGUAGAUGUGGUUAGGAAGGAACAGACUGAACUGGAAGCGGUGCAAUUUCAAAGGCUACCCGAAGGUAUGCUUGUGCAAACGGCAAAGGAGGAUGAGAAGCCUGAUUCAGACCCUCUUGAUGAUGCGAAUCUGAUGGUGGAGAGCGCCAUCCUUUCGGAUUCUGAGCUUCUAGUUGAUGUGGAGGAGGGCGAGUUCCAGGAGUGGGAACAAGGGGAGAUAACAGAUUUCAUGGAGGAGGAGGAAGUGGUGGUGCCGGAUAAGAAUGAUGGUAGUGAUGUGGUGGAAGCACAAGACAAGGAACUGGAAGCUGACGAGAUGGGGGAAGAAGAACGCGACAACAAUGAUGAGACUCGUGAGAAGCCACCAAAAAAGAAAGGAGGCAAACCAGGUUCACUUGCGAUUGGAGGCACCAUGAAGAUGCGCUUGGUUCAGAAUUUGGUCUCCCCCCGCAAGAAGAAUGUGGCGAAGAUAGGGGCGAAGACUGGUGACAAAGGUGCUGGAGCAUCAAAGAAGGCCACCAUGAAGCCAAAGACAUCUGAGUAA